AUGAUAGCAAUCACUAAUUCCAACAAACAUCCUGCUCAGGACAAUAUAAGCUCAACGACUUCCAAGAGGCGGAAGGUAGAGUUCUCAAACGAGGUAACAUUUCAUGCGAUGCUAAACAAUGAGAAAAAUGAUGAUGUAACUGGCGUUACAAAUAUAAAUGACGAGGGCUUCUCUAGCGCCAUGUACAAACGUUUUGUGAAGGCUGCACUAGAUGAUCUUGAUAAAAAGGAUACGACGCAACUUAAUAUGAUUGCUAACCAACUAUCGUUUCCUGUAAAGAGUCCAGAAAGGAUAAAUCCAGAAAAUCUAAAUGUCCUAUUAGAUAUUUUGUCAAGUAAUAUCAAUAAAAUCGACUCUACUCGUGGUAACAAUCUAAUUCAAUCCAUCAUCAAUUUUGAAAAAUGGUGGGAGUUACCAUCGCCAUCGCUAAAUAAGUAUAUGUUCUUCAUUAGAAUCCUGUGUUCGAGUAUACCCAAGUGGUGGCAAGAUGUUUCGUUAAACUUAAUUUCUAAUAUGACUUUGCCUCUUUCAAAAACUGAGUCUCAUCAUGAAAUUUUGUCAUAUUUCUUAAAAAUGAUACCAUCAUCAAUCAAUUUUAUUGAUUCUUAUUUAGUCAAGUUCUUCCCAAAUAAAAACGAUACCAAGAAGAAAAUUGUUAAUUAUGUUUCAAACAUGUUGAAGUUGAUAUCUUAUUGUAAAGAAUUAAGAUUUCAAAUCUGGUCCUUAAUAAUCGAAAGAGUUAUAUCUAUUGAUGUUGAAUUACAAAAUGAACUAGAUGAAAUGGAUGAUGAUAUUGAAGAUAAUUUUGAAGAAAGUGAAGAUGAGGACGAUGAAGAUGAUGAGAAUGACGAUGAUGAGGAUGAUGAACUUUUAAAUGAUGUCGGUGGAGUAGAGAGUGAUGAUGAAAGUAAGUUGGAUGAGGAAGAUGAUGAAAUGGAAGGUGAUGAAGAAUAUAACGUUGAAGCAACGCAGGGCAUUAAAGAGUUGUCACUAAAGCUUGAUUCAAUAAUGAUGAUAGUAAGCGAUUGCAUCGGUAAAGAAUUGACACCAGAGAGUCUAGAGUCUGGCGAAGGUAUUGGUAUAUUCAAUACUUUGAUUACUCUAUUUAAAACACACAUCCUACCAACCUAUUAUACCAGAUCUAUCCAAUACAUUAUGUUUCAUAUUUCACAGCAACAACCGGAAUUAAUGGACUCUUUUCUAGUUACAUUGAUAGAUACAUCAUUUUCAACAAAUGAAACAUCAGAAAAGAAAAUCAAAUCUCUACAGUACUUGGGCUCCUAUAUUGCCCGUGCUAAGAGACUAUCAAGACAACAAAUUGUAUUUGUUGCUAGUUAUAUUACCUCCUGGCUAAAUAGAUAUGUCAUUGAGAGAGAAGAGGAAGUUGACCAACCAGGCGGCAUGGAGAGAUUUAAGCAUUUUUACGCAGCAUUUCAAGCAUUAUGUUAUAUUUUCUGUUUUAGACACAACUUCUUUAAGGAUCAAGAUGGUAACUGGGAAAUUGAGCUGGAUAAAUUUUUCCAGAGGAUGAUUAUCUCAAAAUUCAAUCCUCUCAAAUAUUGUAAUGAGAAUGUCAUGCUGAUGUUUGCAAAGAUUACUCAGAAGGAGGAUAUUGCCUACUGUUUCAGCAUAAUUGAAAAAAAUAAUAACGAAAGGUUAAGAGGUAUUAUGGGUAAAGCAGAUAAUCCAGGCAGUGAUUCCAAAAAACAACUUGCAUCUGCAUCGACAUGGUCACUGGCUACAAGACAACAGUUUAUCGAUUUGCAAAGCUAUUUCCCCUUUGACCCACUAUUUUUAAAGAAUUAUAAACGCAUGAUGAAAGAUUACUAUAUUGAAUGGAGCGAGGCAAGUAGUGACUACGAGAGCGAUGAAUCAGAUGAGUGA